ACCCGAACAUGGGCAGCUUCCACAUCACCCAGUACCUUCCGUCAUAGUACCCCGGGGACCUGUUGUUCUCACGGUACACGAAACCGUGCUGCACAUGGUACACGAAACCGUGCUGCAUAUGUCAACACACAAGUUUCAGUACUCGUACUACAACAUAAUACUACUACUACUACGAUAAGAGACCGUAGAACGAACCUCCAACUCGAACUCGAGGCAAGGAACCCAUCCGGAGCGGAGCAGGUAGUCGACCUCCUUGCCCAAUUGCUCCUCCGUCAAUGGGGGGAGGUAGGAGAGGGUCUCGUACUUCUUCAAACC